AUGACAACAGCUCCUAUUUAUCGAUCCAUCUUCACCCAAUUCCUCGAAUACACCCAACAGAAAAACAUCCCAAAUGGCCGAACGCUCCAUGCUCAUAUCAUAAAAACCGGCUCCACCCAUUGCUCUUACAUUGCCAAUAGCCUCGUUAACUUCUACGCCAAAUGCCAUCUCUUAGCCGAAGCUCAUCUUGCUUUCGAAAGCAUCGAAAACAAGGACGUUGUCUCAUGGAACUCAUUAAUCAGUGGAUAUUCUCAACUGGGUGGUCGUCAGAAUUCUAUCCUUGUCAUGGAACUUUUCAAGAAGAUGAUGAGCCAAGAGAAUAUGGUGCUACCCGAUGCUCGUACUUUUGCCGGCGUCUUUACCGCUGCUUCGGCUUUAAUGGAUUCAUAUGGAGGGAAACAAGCCCAUACAGUUGCCUUAAAGUUGGGAAAGUGUGAGGACAUUUUCGUUGGUAGUUCUUUGUUAAACAUGUACUGUAAGUCGGGGUUUGUUGACGAUGCCCGUAAGGUGUUUGAUGAAAUGCCAGAGAGAAAUUCAAUUUCUUGGGCUACUAUGAUUUCCGGGUAUUCAAUGCAGAGGAUUUGUGACCAUGCAUUGGAACUUUUCAAGGCGUUGGUAGCUCAGGAAGAGGAGCACGUCAAUGAAUUUGUAGUCACAAGCAUCUUAAGUGCAUUUACUUUGCCUGAAUUCAUUCACACUGGACAACAAAUCCAUUGUUUAGGACUCAAACACGGCCUUUUGUCUCAUGCAUCUGUAGGUAAUGCAAUCGUCACAAUGUAUUCAAAAUGUGGAAGCUUGGAUGAAGCUAUCAAGGCAUUUGAGUCAUCAAACAACAAGAACUCCAUUACAUGGUCUGCAAUGAUCACUGGGUAUGCACAGGGAGGCGACUGUAAAAAAGCAUUAACAUUGUUCUCAAAAAUGCAUUUCAUCGGGUUAAUCGCUAGUGAAUUUACACUUGUUGGGGUCCUUAAUGCUUGUAGCGAUGGUUUAGCUAUAGAAGAAGGAAAAGAGACACAUGCAUACUCAAUAAAAUUGGGCUUUCAACAUCAAAUUUACAUAAUGACUGCUUUAGUUGACAUGUAUGCUAAAUGUGGUUCCUUAGAUGAUGCUCGAAAAGGGUUUGAUCAUUUACAAGAACCUGAUAUAGUACUAUGGACAUCAAUGAUUGGAGGGUAUGUUCAAAAUGGAGAAAACGAGAGUGCUAUGGACUUAUUUUGUAGAAUGCAAAAAGAAGGUAUCUCACCAAAUGAACUAACCAUGGCAAGUGUUCUAAAAGCAUGCUCAAGUCUUGCAGCUUUAGAGCAAGGAAAACAAAUCCAUGCCACUACUAUUAAACAUGGAUUUGGGCUUGAGGUCCCAAUUGGUAGUGCACUUUCAACCAUGUAUACUAAAUGUGGAAGCCUUAAAGAUGGAGGUCUUGUAUUUACAAGAAUGCCAUCGAGGGACAUUGUGUCUUGGAACUCGAUGAUUUCUGGGUUGUCACAAAAUGGUCAAGGGAAUGAAGCGAUUGAAUUAUUUGAGGAAAUGCAGAUUGAAGGUAUGAAUCCGGAUUAUGUUACUUUUGUAAAUGUUCUUACUGCUUGUAGUCAUAUGGGAAUGGUGGAAAGAGGUUGGGAUUAUUUCAAGAAAAUGUCAGAUAAAUAUGGGAUCACACCAAGAAUCGAGCACUAUGCAUGCAUGGUUGAUCUUUUGAGUCGUGGUGGAAAGUUAAAUGAAGCUAAAGAUUUUAUAGAAUCAGCACCUAUAGAUCAUGGUCUUUGUUUGUGGCGUAUUUUAUUAAGUGCUUGUAGGAAUUAUCAUAUUUAUGAAUUAGGGGCGUACGCGGGAGAGAAAUUGAUGGAAUUGGGGUCAUUGGAAUCUUCUGCUUAUGUGUUGUUAUCGAGUAUUUAUAAGGCUUUGGGAAGAUUGAAAGAUGUUGAAAGAGUUAGAGAAAUGAUGAACUUUCGUGGUGUGAGUAAGGAACCUGGGUGUAGUUGGAUUGAGAUUAAGAGUCAUUUUCAUGUUUUUGUUGUUGGAGAUCAAUUGCAUCCUGAAAUUAAGGAAAUACGUUUGGAGGUAAAUAGGUUGAGUAAGCUAAUGAAAGAUGAAGGUUAUCAACUUGAAUUUGAUUCAAACUUUGGAGGUUUGGAAGUUUGA